ACACGGCUGCCUUGAUGCAGAGUGUGCUGGCACGACAGCACUUCCCUAAUAGGAACUGGUUAAUUAGAUCUAAUUUAUUAUCAAGUUACGGUAAACUCAGACCGACAAAGCAAGAAAUACUUGCAGCUAUGGUAUUACCGCCCCCUUUUAAACGCUCUUUUGGUCUCCUCCAGCUCCGCCUUUUAAUGUUUACAUGUCCUGAACAACCUCUCUUUGACGCCUUCCCGAAACUACAACUACCAGCAUUCUUGGCGUCUGCUGGGCAAACCCAAAAUCUGUGAAAGGGGAGAGCGGAGGAUCGAGUGUGAUCGUAAUGGUAAGAGGUAUUAUCAGGAUUGCCUCCUUGGCUUCUGUAAGCCUUAGUUCAUCUGGGUUUUUCCUAUAUGGAACAGGAUACUGGGACCCAAGUGAUUUUGGGGUAGUGCGGAUUGGAAGAGCAGUUCUGACGACAGCAGCCAUAACUUGGGAUUAUUUUACCAAACUAAGACAUGUGGAGGCAGGGACAGAGGAGUAUGAAAACAUCAAGUCACAGGUCCACCUGCGUUCAGCUCAUCGCCUUCUGGAUUUGUGCUGUUUCAACCGUGGGACCUUUAUCAAAGUUGGACAGCACCUAGCAGCUUUGGAAUAUCUUGUGCCCCCUGAAUACACCAAAACUUUAAGCGUGCUACACAGCCAAGCUCCCUGUACUCCUUUUACCGAUGUUGUUCAGGUCAUUCGUGAGGAUCUUGGCAAGGAGAUAUCUGAGGUCUUUGAGGAGUUUGAAAAAACACCAUUGGGUGCAGCGUCCCUGGCACAGGUGCAUCGUGCUGUGCUGCAGGAUGGGCGUAAAGUGGCUGUGAAGGUGCAACAUCCAAAAGUUCAGGCACAGAGUUCACGGGAUAUUCUUAUCAUGGAGGUCCUCCUACAUGUUGUGAAGAAAAUUUUCCCACAGUUUGAAUUUAUGUGGCUUAUAGAAGAAGCAAAGAAGAACCUACCUCUGGAGCUGGACUUCCAAAACGAGGGUCGCAAUGCAGAGAAAAUGUCAUCUAUAGUCUCUAGUUUCUCCUUCCUGAGGAUACCCAGAAUCUACUGGGAACUUAGUACAAAACGGGUAUUGGUGAUGGAGUACAUGGAAGGAGGGCAGGUUAAUGACAGGGAAUAUAUGAAGCGUAAUCAAAUUGAUGUGAACAAGGUAUCUCAUGCUUUGGGGAAGUUGUACAGUGAGAUGAUUUUUGUUCAUGGAUUUGUGCACUGUGAUCCUCACCCAGGGAAUGUCCUUGUCCGCCAGAACCCUGAAAAUUGUGCCCCAGAGAUAAUUCUUUUGGAUCAUGGCUUAUACCAGGUACUGACGGAGAGUUUUCGGCUGGAUUAUUGCAGUUUAUGGCAGGCUCUAAUUGCUGCUGACAAGGAGCGGAUCCGCAUAUACAGUCAGCGCUUGGGUGCAGGAGAACUGUACCCUUUAUUUGCUUGUAUGCUGACUGCCCGUUCUUGGGAAUCGGUGAACCGAGGAAUAUAUGAGAAUACUGUUAGUAAGGAGGAGAUACACGAGAUACGAAGUAAUGCUGCUACCUACCUACCAGAGAUUAGCCAGCUCCUUGCUAGUGUCCCUCGUCAAAUGUUACUCCUUCUAAAAACAAAUGACCUCCUACGUGGUAUUGAAACAUCGCUAGGAACUCAUUCUAGCUCAAGCGCCUUCUUCUAUAUGUCCCGAUGUUGUGUAAGAGCCCUUGCCAGAAACAGGAAAGAGAAGGCAGACUCUCUCUGGUCCUACAUACACAUCUCUCUCUCAGAAACCUUUUGUCUCGGACAGCUUCAGAUGUACGAGAUUGCUCUACGUCUUCAAUCGUGCAUAGGGCGCUUGAUAAAUCAUGUUUUGCUGUGGCUGUAUCUACAAUGAGCCCAAUGGCUCCUUUAAUGAUAUAAUCUAUAAUUAAUAUGUUUUAUUAAUAAAGACACAACAUAAUCCAGAAGGGCUUUAAUGCAGUGAACAAAAUGGACUUGGAUAUAGGAUCAAGGAAGACAGCUCUGGGCACAGCUCUGAAUUUAUUGAGAGAAACUUCCAGGAACAUUAAGUUAUAACAAGCAAACACAGAAUGAAGUGUGUUUCAAUGAACUGUAGGCCCAGCAGCUGGAUGUGGCUCUCCAAAGUAUAUUAUGGUUCCCUACCUGUCUAUGGGCUUUAUAGACUGCUGUCUAUGACAUCAUCAUUUUUAUAUAAUUCAAACCUUGAGCAUGUAGUAUGUCUGCUAAAUGGCCCACUACAUGGAAAUUGUUGGCCAGCACUGUUACAUAAAGUUAUCCAGAAAGCAGCAAAUUACGGAAAGGCCCCAUAGACUCCAUUUUAUUCUUUUUUUUAUAUCAUUUAAAAAUGAUUUCCUUUUUCUCUGUAACAAUAAAACAGUACCUUGUACUUGAUCCAAACUAA